GAGUAACGUUUCAAUAAAUAGAUUCUGAUGCCAAUUAUUUAUCGCUACAAUUACAUUUUAUUCAUAUAUGAUUCAGAUCAAGAUUCAAUAAUUUGAAAGUGGUAAAAUAAAUGUGUAUUAUUUGUUACGUGAUUAAUAUUGUUUUAUUCAAUUUGGCUACACUAAAAAUACUACGACAAUAUAAAUUUUGAAAAUACGUCGGAGGAAAGCUAGAAGUAUUUACAUAUUGUAGUAUUUAUAUAUUGAGUGGUAUAUGGAAAAUGACAUCAAUGUUUGCUAUGGCGCUGCUUGGUGUUAUGGAGUUAACAGCAGCGUUGCCAACUUCACCGACAAGCCAUGAAUCUUCAGAGAACGAAGUGAAUACUUAUGACUUUCCCUUUGUGUCACGUUCACAAUGGCAGGCGCGUACUCCCAAACAGAUAACACCUCUGGCCACUCCAGUCCCGUAUGUGGUCAUCCAUCACUCCUACACGCCUGCCGCUUGCUACACAGACGUUGAGUGUCGCCAAGCGAUGAAAAGUAUGCAGAACUUUCAUAUGGAUGAUAGACGGUGGUGGGACAUUGGUUAUCAUUUUGCUGUCGGAAGCAACGGUGUAGCGUACGAGGGCCGCGGCUGGACUACGCUCGGAGCUCAAGCUUUACAUUUUAAUUCGGUCAGCAUCGGCAUCUGUGUCAUUGGAGACUGGAGAACCUCAGUGCCGCCUGCAGAACAGUUAAAAACAGUGAAAUCCCUUAUAGCUGCUGGUGUGGAACAAGGAUACAUAAAGUCAGACUACAAAUUAGUUGGGCACAGACAAGUACGAACUACAGAAUGUCCAGGCGAUGCGUUAUACAACGAAAUAAUACAUUGGGAUCAUUAUUCCGCAUUUCCUAAUUCACCAGCUGAUUUAUUGUCUGUUAAAGAAUUGCCCGAGAAUGUUAAAGAAAUUAUAAGAAAUAGUCCAAGUAGUUAAUAAAUAGAACAAAUUGAUUACUAUCUUUUAGCAGAACCCGAUUUAGAUCCGACCCUGCUAAAAUUUGUCUAGACAAAUGAGGAAAUACCCAGCGAAUAAUGACCGUUAAAAUGGACAGGAAAUUUUAUUUUUGUCCGGAUUGGCAAAAUUGCUGGACUGGGUACUGCCUGUUAGAUUAAUUAUACCUUGGAAUAAAGUCUUACUAAAUAGAAUACAAAGCUAAAAUGUUAACAGUAUUAAUCUAGAUAUAUUUUUACAAACUUUUUAUUAAAUACUCUAUAUUACUGUCAGCUCAAUUAUAAGUACCUUAUUGUAAAAGCUGUUAUUAUAUAAUGUAAAUAAACAGUAAUUCCAAAUGUGAUCACAGCGAGUGUUAACUUCAUAAUAUGCAGUCAAUAAAAUACCUCUAUCUACCUCAUAUGGGACCAUAGUCAUAAACAUAUAACAUUCAACUAUACGGCCGACCUAUGGCGGUCCAUCUAUGGCAAUUUGGAAACAAUGUGCCUAUCAUUCAUGAAUGGAUUUAAAAUGUCUGUAGUAUUUGAUAAAUUAUCUGUAAAAUUAAUAUCCCAGUUCUCAUUAUUCUUAUGAUAAACUAAUAGUCUUUAAAUAAAUAUUUUAUUACUUAUUAAGUAAUGAAUAAUAUCAAUGCUAUAUAUAAAUAUAUACUAUAAUAUUUUUACAUCGAAUACCUGUAAUAUUAUUGUUACUGUUUGUAUCCAUUUCAUUUAUGAGAAAUAUACAUACUUUCACACUUA